CCCAGUCCUGCUCGGUGCAUGUAACAACUGCAGCGCUUUCUGUUUUCUUCUGUUGUCACAAACUUCCUCUUAUCUCCAACUUCUUCUGCUGCAGUCUUCAAAUAUAUAUUCACCAAAGAUCAAAGGAAUAUGUCAAUCAUAACUGAUGAAGUGCCAAGUAUUCCGAUUGUGGAUUUUAGUGCAUUGAGCAUCGAAAACGAGGCAAGGCCUGAUGUUACUUCGGACUGUGUCAGAGAACUCGCUCAGAAUUUGAUCCACGCUUUCAGUACUUCUGGUUUUGUGUACCUAAUGAACCAUGGCAUCCCACAGUCUGAGGUUGAUGGCAUCUUCAAUCUGAUGGAUGACUUUUUCAACCUGAGUAAAGAUGUAAAAUCCAAAUACGAGAAGAAAGACACAAGUCAACCAAACGGCUGGGAUGAGUUGGAGAGAGAGGGGAACAGUGCAGACAGACCAGGGGAUCUCAAAGAGUCUUUCGACAUUGGUCACAUCUUAGAGGAUUAUUUUAAAUGGCCUGAUGCAGAAGUCCCUGCUUUUAAGCCAGCAUUACAGACAUUCUACAAGCAUCUAAGCACCCUAGGUCUACGUGUGCUAUCUGCAAUAGCUAUAGGCCUUGGCAAGGAUCCGGUUUUAUUUUCAUCUGCAUUCAAACACAUGGGCACGUGUGAAGGAUGUACUCAACUUAGACUGAACUAUUACCCCAAGCUUGAGGACGACUUUGAGAUUAAACCAAGACAGUUACGCUGUGCAGAGCACACAGAUUAUGGCGCCAUAGCCCUGCUUUUCCAGGACAGCUCAGGGGGACUUGAGGUAAAAGAUGUCCAUGGAAAGUACGUCCCUGUCAAGCCGAUUGAAGGGGCCAUCAUCAUCAACAUUGCAGACCUUCUGGAGAGGUGGACGUCUGACAAACUGAAAUCAACGUAUCAUAGAGUCCUUAUACCAGAGGAUGUGAUGCGUAAGCGUGCUCGCAAGUCUGCCGUCUUUUUCUUUGACCCUGAUCAUGAUGCUAACAUCCAGUGCGUACUCGGCAUUAACAAGUACCCGCCCAUCAAGGCGGGGGAGUAUGUCACCAAGAGGCUUGCCGCUGGAUAUAAGUUUUAGUUUUAGUGUAAUCUGAAUGGAGGGAAUCAAGUUGGCAUCGCACGAGAUGGUUGAUGAAUUAAAUAGGGUAAAUGGAAUAAUUAUAUAAUGACACCUUAUUGUCAUUUCCAACAGUCGGACAACCAAAGUUUGCCUAUUCAGAUCAAUACUGUCUUACACUGUCUCAAAUAACAUAAUUACUUUUUAUUGACAGGAGGGUCUUUCAAGUUUAAACUUGAAGAUUUUGCCAAUUAUCUGGGCUAUGCUUAUGAAAAUUUUUUUAAGAAUAUUUUUUAUCCCUUGGUAGCCACUAAAUCCUAUGUAACUCUCGUAAUAGUGGAAUUAACCAUAACAGAAAACAAGGUGUCAUAUUUGAAGAAGCUGCUUUUAGGAACCUCUUACAAACUUCUUAACUAGUGCAACACCAUUUACACCAGGGAUAUCCAUUCUCAAAAACUGCUUUAAAAAUAUGCAGAAAUGUAUGCAAGUCCAGGAAGAAGGAAAAAAUCCCCCUCUUUCUUGGAUUUCCUCAUUGGUUUUAACUUUAACAGGGAUGUGCCCCUAUAAUCAGGAUGUGCCUGUCACAGGUGAUCAAGGAGGGGGUUCUGCUUACCGGAGCUAUGCACAGAAAUUGCUUUCAUGGAAUUGCUUUCAUGGUUUAUUUAUGUAUUUUAAGUCUACAUAUGUGUAAUGAACUAUUUAAUUAUUAUCAACAAUAAGUUAAUGCUGUAGCAGGGAUGGGACAUUUAUGGCACAUGCCCCCCCCCCCCUCCCCAAUUAAAAAAAACACAAGGAAAUGACCAGAAGGGCGUGUUUGUUCCCCCUUCCAAAAUUUUGAGGCCUGCUACAGCCCUUACAUGACUUUUUUGUAACACAGUAUUUAAAAUUUUCGAAUAAAAAAGCAUGAAAAGAUAAUCCUUUCACAUUUAUUUACUCUAACUAAUAUGGUAUAUAGGCCAUAUGAUUCCUGAAUAUUUGAUAAAAUUGAUAAGCUAAUGUAAAUUAUUAUUUGCUCUAGAUGGCAUCAGGGGCGGAUCUAGGAUUUCAAAAUGGGGGGUGGAUAACGGCCAGAUAGGCGGCUUGUAACUGAUCAGGUGGUUCUUGUUAGAUCACCUAGAUCUAACAGUACUUCAAGCUGAAUUGAAUUUGUCGUGCCAGUAGAGUCAAGCAAGCAAUGGCACAUGGACAGUACCUUCUCCUAAAUUUCUUCAAACAAAUCAACCUUUCAAUUGUUUAUUUUUUGCUAAAAAAAAUGGGCAGGAUAUCCACCCCUCCCCCCUGUAUCCUUCCCUGGGCAUGCAUCUCAGUAUAAAGGAUGCCAACUUAAAUCCUUUUAAUUCCAAUAGAUUAAAAUGAGAAUUCUCCUCCACUCAUGUAGCAUUAUAAACUCAUUAGGUGAAGAGAAUUGAUCUUUUGACAAGGUAAUGUAGAUAAAGGAUAGAAUUUGAGAAUAAAAGGGCUGAACAGUGUAA